AAGGCGAACGCGAAGCAAGACCUUCUCUCCAGGCGGUUGACUCACCUCCAGCAAACUGAUCGUAUGAAAUCAGUACCAAAAAUGUCGCUAAUAUCCGGCUCAUCAGUUGUAUCAGACUCUGCGUCAUCUGCCGCCUCUUCGUCAUCUUCGACGAACCUGCUACCAGCAAAAAAACCGCCCUGCUCCGAUUGCACAACAAGAACUUCCGUUUCUCUUGGCGCAGAUCAACAGCACGUCCGGGUCGCGCGCAUCUCCAGUCACGUGCUACCAUUUCCACAUGCGGAACAGCCGCAGAAGCAGUCUGUCUCCAGUCUUAGGGCGAAUCACUGCUCCGCCUCCUCGUCCAAUGUUCUUGCUGCAAAGUCAAUCACCAUCUCCGACUUUUCCAAUGUCGGAGAUCCGGGAAUGUUGUCGGGCUCAAAAAAGGUGGCGCUGCAAAAUUUCGUGAACGGUGAGUGGGCGACAGCGACUAGUACUUCGAGUAAAAACAACUGUAAGAAGUACAUUCCGAUCCUCGAUCCCUUAAAUGGCGAGGAGUUCAUCCACAUGCCGGAUACCGGAGCCGAUUCCACAAGUGAACUGGCACCCUUUCUGGAGAAGAUGCGCACUGUCCCGAAGUCCGGGUUACACAACCCUCUGAACAACGUGGACCGCUACACCCUGUACGGCGAGGUCUCCUUUCAAUUGGCAAAAUGCCUGGACGACCCGGCGAUUUCAGACCACUUUACGCGGCUGAUCCAGCGUGUGGUGCCGAAGAGCUACGCCCAGGCUUAUGGGGAAGUCAAAAUCGUGGCGAAGUUCCUGCAAAAUUUCGGGGCAGACCAAGUCCGGUUCUUAGCAAGGGGGUUCACGGUAUGAUGUAGAUAGUUGUUCAAGCACUGAUGUGAUCGUCAUCGUUUUCGUUUCAUCGAUCAUUACUUCGUCGCUCUGCCAUGUUUGGUGCUGGCGGAAGUGCAAUAGCUCUAAGACACAUGCUAGGUUAGCUUUCGUGAAACUUCUUUUGUGCUGUAUGCGAGAAAUUAGGAAUAAAAAAAUGAAAACCCCAUAAAUCAUAGGUCUCCGGCGACCACGACGGUCAGCAGUCGCAGGGGUACCGCUUCCCCUACGGCGCGGUGAUGAUUAUCGCGCCCUUCAAUUUUCCGCUCGAGAUCCCGGUUUUGCAGCUGAUGGGCGCGUUGUACAUGGGCAACCACGUGACCAUCAAGGGCUCGGAGAAGUGCUCCAUCGUGUUGGAAGAGUGGCUCCGGCUGAUGUUGAAGUGCGGCAUGCCGAAAAACGACGUGAACCUGCUCCACGGCACCGGGGUCGGCACCAGCCAACUCGUGAAAGCCGCCGCGUCGUCCAAGAUUCUCCGCUGCAUGCAGUUCACCGGCAGCAACAAGAUCGCACGAGAGCUGCUCGCCGUCACGGAGGGUAAGGUCAAGAUCGAGGACGCGGGGUUCAACUGGAAGGUGUUCGGGCCGGACGUCGAUGUGGUAUCCACAGUAAAUGAUCUGGCUGUUAUACAGGAAUCUCAACGAGUAAAUCUCAAUACUAUGCACGGCCUUAUGCUAAAACACGAAGGAAAUCUUGCGAAGUCUCUCAUGUUAAAAACGAGUAAAUCUCAACGGUUGCGCCCCAACGCUUUGAGACGCCUCAACGGAUUCGCGAUGAGCUCAACGACUGGUCUCAACGGUCUGCGCGCAGAAGAACUGCGUGGCGUGAAGGUGCGCAUCAAGCCCCUGCAACAAACCUCUCAGUGGUCCUGCCAACACGAGUGCCGGCGAGCGGGCUCCUAGGUAGUUUUAGAAAAACGCGCGAAGGCUGCGCGCAUAGUAAGACACAGGGCACACAAGCCAACGGACCGCGCACAACGGGCCGCGCAACAAAAGCGCAGGAGAGCGAAAAGAGAGUCUUCGGGCAGGGCAGCCGCCGCCGCCGGCCGGCGGCGGCUGCCCUGCCCGACGACCCUAGACCCCAAAUCCUAAACCCGACACCCUAAACCGCUGCUGGUCGUUGAGAUAUAUUUCUCAACGUUGAGCUGUGAGGUCUCAACGUUGAGAUCCACAAGCACCGUUGAGAUACCUGUAGUACAACCAAAUGAUCUCCUGUACACGUACAAAUGUGGCUUCUGCAUGACAAAACUGGGCUUCUGUCCUAGUUUAGCAUGACAAUUCUUACAACACUCCAAAUUGGUGAAGCUUGUCAUGCAUUUUGUACAUGUACGGGAAAUCGAAAUUUACGUUGCAUAUGUGGCCCUGGUGGACUACAUCGCCUGGAUGUGCGAUCAGGACGCCUACGCGAACUGCGGCCAAAAAUGGUAUGCAUCGCAUAAAAACGCAUCGUAAAAACUUCAAUAACCGUGGGUGUGACUUUACUUGCAGCUACAGCUGCGGAACUGACAAUCGACCACAACGCGACACGACCGAGAAAUUUAUCUACUCAAACUGGUGACCCGAAACGGCAGUACAAAUGAGCAUUGCGACGUCUUCUGGCCUGAAAAAGCAAGUCAGAUUCGCAUAAAGCUGCUGACACGUCAAUUUAUUCGAUCGUUUUGUUUUGCAAUGCAUAACUGCUCAGCCACGUCCAUCCUGAUUCUGCACAAAAACUGGAGUGACUGCGACUUGGUGGGGAAGAUGAAAAAAAUUGCCAGCGAGCGCACACUGGAAAAGCUCACAGUGACACCGGUAAGUGGCGAAACUAGUGCACGUGAUUGUUUUUUUCAGCCCGCGACUACAAAUUGCUAGAGUUGAUGUUUCCGUUGAUUCUACGUGGUUUUGGAACAAGGCUACGCAGCCCCGCGCUACGUGGUUGCCACUCAACCAGGUAGAUGUGAAUACAUUCACGAGGUAAAACUAGAAGAUGAAACUUCUACACAACUACAGGUCCUGACACAAACCACGGAGCAGAUGCUUUCCCACCUGGCGAAGUUGCAGCAGAUACCAGGCGCAAAACUGCUUUUUGGCGGGAAGGAACUGAGAAACCACAAAAUUCCGAAGUGCUAUGGGGCCAUAGAACCGACCGCGGUGUUUGUGCCGUUGAGGGAAAUUCUGAAAGACGAGGAGACGGUGAAGCUGGUCACUACCGAGAUCUUCGGCCCGUUUCAAGUCGUGACCGAGUACGGGAAUGAUACGGAAUUGGAAGACUGUGUUUUUCCCUUACUCGAGAAGAUGGAGAACCACCUGACCGCCUGCGUUUGCUCCAAUGACGUCAAGUUUCAGAACAAGGUAUCCGACAGAAAAGCUGACAUCGUGUCGACCCCUAGCAAAAAUCCAAAACCAAAUCAGAUUGAUUUUGUAAAUUCAAAAGUGCGUAAGCGUAAUUUCACUGAAGAAGAAGAAGAACGUGUGGCGAAGUUGUGGUUGAUCGCACGGUAAUACGCGGUACAGAUCGACGGUCGUCGUGCGAGUGAUUUUCUGUCGCAUACCAAGUUCUGGGCAAAACCGUGAACGGCACCACGUAUUGCGGGCACCGCGGGCGCACCACCGGCGCGCCCCAAAACCACUGGUUCGGACCCUCGAGCGAUCCGCGGGCGGCGGGCAUCGGCUCGCCGGAAGCCAUAAAAUUGGUGUGGAGCGCCCACCGGGAGAUAAUCCACGAUGUGGGACCGGUGGCCGCGGAUUGGAAGAGACCGGCGCCUACCUGAGUGGAGAUGAUGGAGUCGCACGACCAUUGCGACUUCUGCAGUUACUUUUGUAGAUUGGUUGUCCUCGGCCGGAAUGCUUUCUUUGUUUGAACAUUGAAACAAGUAUGCUUGAUUGAUAGCCAUGUGUAAUGAAUUUUUCAAUUCUUCUUCUGACUUUUUGGUUUUUCGUUCUUUCAAAUCGUAAAAGCAUGUUUUCGCAAUCUUCUGCUCGGAAUAGCUCGAGUCCGACGAGCAGACGAGAUGCACUGUGUUACAAAAACGUGAACAAAAUGUAAGCGACAAUAUACUCUGUGCUCCUGCAGCAGGUGGAUAGUAGCUUGUUUCGAUGCAGAAGCUGCAUGAAGAUUAGCAACCGAUUUUACACUAGGG